AUCCGGAAUGCAUCGGUCCAUUCCAUUGGGAAUCUUUGCCAGUAGUCUUGGAGAGAGCAGCAAUUGGCAAAUGGCAUAUGGCUUAUCAAGGGGUAGCUUUUGCAGGCCUAACCCAAUAUUUAAAUGAUAGAAAACUCAUCCAUUUAUGAUUCUAAAUUCCUAGUCAACUAGAUCAUCAAAGUGAAUUUGCAUAAAUAAGGAGUGAGAAAACUGAAAACAAGCCAAAUUCCUGCAGUCUAGACCAUGGGAAAGGCAAGCAGAUGGAUGAUAAACUUCCUGCUAGGAAGAAAGCAGAAAGAAAGGAAGAAAGAAACUGCUUCUCUUUCUUUUCCUGAAGAAAAAGCUGCAAUUUUCUCAGCAUCUACUUUCAAUAAAAGAUGGAGCUUUGGAAAAAAAUCAGCAAGCAAGGAGAUUACUGCUCACAGAAGUUCCAGGUCUCUUGAUUCAAUCACUGCUGCCUCACUUGUUGCAGCAGCAACUCAGGCAACUAAAACAAGAGUUCCUAUAGAUACCAGAAGCAGAGCAAAUGAAGAUGCAGCUGCUACCAGGAUUCAGGCUGCCUUCCGUUCUUAUCUGGCAAGAAGAGCGUUGUGUGCUUUAAGAGCACUGGUUAAGUUGCAAGCACUAGUUAGGGGUCACCUGGUGAGGAAACAGAUGGAAGCAACUGUGCGGGGAAUGCAUGCGCUGAUGACAAUACAGGUUCGAGCUCGGUUUCAGAGAAUCCAGACUGCUGAGGAACCUAAAAGUCAAUCAUCCAGAUACAGAAGUAUUUCCCUGGAGAAAGAGUUCCCAAGAGCUCAUAGGGAAGCUAUACCAAUCGUAAACAAAUAUGGUUAUACCAAUCAUAAACAAAAGGAGAGGAUCAAGCACAGAUUGACAACAUACCAAUACCAUUCAGGGGAUCUUUCAGUGUCAAAACGGAAGCAUCAACACGAGGAAUUCUCUGCCACAGCACUCAGCAGUCCUCUGUUUUCUCUAGCAGGAUCGUGGGCAACUUCUGGUGGAGCUUGCUUCAAUUGCCAGCAUCAAGACCAUCCAUACCUCCCAAAUUACAUGAUCAACACACAGUCUUCCAAAGCCAAGGUCAGGUCACAGAGUGAACCAAAGCAGCGGCCUAAGCAGAGCAUGCAGGGGGUGGGGAAGGCGAAGAAGAAGGGGAAGGAAAAGAGAACUGCUGAAGAAAUGAAUGUUGUUCAACAAGUGUCACCUGCUGCAAGCUCAAAACAACUCACAAUUGAAAGCCAGGAUCUCUGGUUUGUCAAGCUCUACUGAUCAGGAGAAUGAUCUCUAGUCUGGUUACUCCAGCAAAAUCUGUAAACUACUUCCAACAAUGUUCUCUAACCUUUUGAUUCACAUGAAUGCAGACAUAUGAAACUGAGUACUGAAGAAAUUCAAGGGGAAAACUAAUGUAGAAGAUGAUAGAUUCUUUCUUUGUUAGGAAAGGAAAAAAAAGGGAUAUGAUGCUUUAGAUGAAAAAGUCAAUAAAAAGGAGUAAUCGUU